AUGGACAGAGAAAUAGAAGAUUCCACUGCUAGAGAUCUGAUAGGAGAAAUAUUCACCAAAAUUCUGGUGCUCCCCUAUGUGGGCAAAGAGCUGAACAUGAUCAUCAUGCUUCCAGAUGAAAACACAGAUCUGAGGACGGUGGAGAAAGAACUCACUUAUGAGAAAUUCAUGGAGUGGACGAGGCCAGACAUGCUGGACAAAGAAGAGGUGGAAGUUUCCCUCCCUAGAUUUAAACUGGAGGAGGAUUACGACAUGAAGAAUGUCCUUUGCUCUCUGGGCAUGACUGAUGCCUUUGAGCUGGCCAAGGCAGACUUCUCUGGGAUGUCGUCUGGGAAAGACAUAUAUCUGUCCAGGGUGGUGCACAAGGCCUUUGUGGAGGUGAACGAGGAAGGCACGGAGGCCGCGCGAGAAUAUACAUAUACGUAUGUAUAUGUAUAUUCUCAUCCCACUGAAAGAUCCUGAUUUUACUGUGGCAAAUGGGAAAGGAAAAAGGUAUGUCUGAAACCACUGAAAGAAAAACUGAAUACCAACUAGAUCUUUUGAUGAUAUUAAGGAAUUGUUUCUUCCAAGUGUGAUAUUGUGGCUAGUGGUUUUUAAGUAAUUUUAGAGUUAAAUACUCAAAUACUAAGGGAUGAAAUUUUUUUUUUAAGUUUUUUGCAACAAAAGACCUUAGGGUGUUUGUACACACCUCGACAGGGAACCUCACUGCCUUCUCUUAUAAACUACAAAGAUGGAAAAAAAAAAAAAGCCACACACAUGUAUUAGCACCUAGCAUUUAGGCACUAAAACAUCAGUUAGACAGGGCACCUCAAGGUUCUCCAUCUGAGAGAACCAGGACAGGCCAGGUCUUCUCAAACUGCUUCUGCAAGUUUUUUGGUAACACUUGGCACACCCUGCUACUUAUUAUAUCCCAAGCAUUAUAUAUACUAAGUGUUUAUCUCAUUCAGUCCUCACAUAAACUGAGGUAUCUCCCAUUUUAGGAAAGAAGGCAGAGAGAGGCAAGCUGACAGUCAUGGUUAAAAAGCUAGUAAGUGGGAGCUCAUAUGAACCCAGGUAUUCAGGAUUAGUCUGUGCUCUGUUAUGCUCUGCUAUUGUGUCUCCAAAACCCAGCCCCGCCUUUGCUUAGCCAUUAGCAAGGGCACUCCGACAAGAGCUCUAGUAAAGUCCUCUUACCAGCGGGAUUCAUACUCAUUCUGAUCUUCCAACUUCCUCACUUUCUUCUUAAUUAUAGGCAACUUCUUGGUAUCUAUAAAAACUGCAUUUUCCUAGAAAACAAGAGGUAGGUAGAUGUUUUAUUUGUUCGAACUGUUCCAGAAGGAAAAGUCAGCUCUUCCCAGAAGGCUUUAACAGAUUUAAUAAAUCCCACACGGGAACAGUAUGUGUAGACUGUGAGUUUCAUACGCUACCUUCAGCUUAAAAUAUAGUGGUGUAUCUAAGUCUUGGUAGGAGGUCAACAGAGGUUUUUAAUGUGGCUAUGUGCUACAUGCUCAAUAUUAAUCUCUUAGGAAAGUUAGACUCAUAAACAACUAAUUCUAAUGUUAAACACUGAAGUGUUUCUUACAUUUCAAAUUCUCCAAAGUCCAAAAUCCAGUUCGUUUGCUCCUCCUGUUAAUCCCAUACCACCUUCUUCCUACUUUAAUUAGGUACUGUUUCCAAGUUUCUUUAGGUCAAGGACUAUCUUACUCACUUCUGUAUCCGUGGUGUCAGGCAGUAAAUACAUUUCUUAUAAAAAGUCAAGUUGUGGGGCGCCUG